AUGCCACAGCUAUUUUGCUGUGCGGAUGAAGAGGCAGCCGUACCCCUCAGCAGCUAUGCCGAGCGCCUCCGCUCUGGCAGAGGCUUGGUGAGGCUCACGAGCACGGAGGCGCUGAUCGAGAUGUUUGUGGUUCCCUUCGACACCUUGCUUGCGAUGACCGAGAUCAAGCCUCACGAGGACUUGCUCGCAGAGGGCGCGCUGGUGGAAUUUGACGAAAGCGACGGCAACGCCAUGUUUGUGUCACACCAGUGGGCUGGCAUUGAUCAUCCAGAUCCCAAGCUUGAGCAAUUCAAGGUUUUGCAGGAUGGCUUGAGAAAUGCGCUCUCAGGCGCCGUUCGCAUCGAGGGGAACAUCAGCAGCGAGCUCUUUCUCGGGCAGCAGAGCACCCUUCCAGCUGAAGAGCUGUCCUCGAAGCCCCUCUUCAUCUGGUACGACUACUUCUGCUGCCCCCAGCGAAGCCGCUUUCUGCGCGACCUCGCCAUCUCCAGCAUCCCCGCGUUCGUGGAGAGGUGCCAGUACUUCGUGGUCCUGUGCCCGCACGUGCGCCACACGCAGCACGAGGUGGUGCUGAACAAAAGAACCUGGGAAAGCAGGGGGUGGUGCCGCCUGGAGCGCACGGCGCGCGAGCUGAGCAUGCGCAAGACCAGCGGCCUCUCCAUCGACAUCCAAUCGGCGACUCACUUAGCUCUUGCGCCCACAUGGGACUGGAUCCGUGCUCCCGUCGGGGACGGCUUCUUCACGUUGGAGGAGGACCGCGUGAAGCUGGCCGACGUCCUGGAGAAGAUGCUGCACGCCAAGCUGAAAGCAUGUCUGAAGCAAGGCGACUAUCAUGGCUACCGCCUCAUGCUGAACAUGCAGCAGAUCCAUCUGCGCAGGCUCCCAACGCAGCCUGUGGAAGAUGUGGUGCCUGGCUUCGACUCUGACAGGCAGGAUCCCGCAACCUACGUCCUCGAGCGCUUCCUGCAUCAGAACGGGUUCCGCUCCGCGAAGUGCAGGGAUGCCGCGGGCUGGUCUCCGUUGAGCUAUGCCGCCCUGAGCGGGAACCCCAUGCUGAUCGUCAGUUUGCUUGAGCAAGGCGCAGAUCCCAACGAGGGCAUUGAGAAGUUUGAGCCGAUCUUCCACUUCACACCCGGAACCCGGGCGCUGCACAUCUCCGCCUUCCUGGGUAACAACGAAGGAAUUCGCUUGCUGCUGGAAAGAGGUGCUGAUGUGCAGGCGAAGGAUAACUACGAUGCGACCCCGCUGCACUGGGCCGCCUUGGGCAGCAACGUUGAGGGCAUUCAGGUCCUCUGUGCGGCAGAUGCAAGCUGUGCCACAUUCGCAAACGUCCUCGGAUAUCUUCCGCUGACCAUGGCUUGCAUGGCCCCCUCGGUGGCCUCCAUGUGGGAGCUGCUACCACACACGCCCAAGCAAGAGCUGGACGUUGCACUUCACGCGUCGAUCCUUCAUGGAUUGCCGUCCGCGGGGAUGAUCUCGGCGCUGAUCGAAGCAGGCGCGAACGUGGACGCCCGGCCCGCGACGCCGCUCUUCACUGCCCGCGGCAUGCUUUUCGCCGUCUUGGGUGUGCGCCACCGAUUCUCGGAGUCCACCCUUAGCACCUAUGCGUACUACCACUGCAAUGCCACGCCGCUGAUGUGCAGUGUUAUCACCUGCGCAUUCGAGGCCACCGAGGCACUGCUGGCCGCGGGCGCGCGGACCGACCUCCGCAACUCUCGGGGACGCAGCGCGGCGGACCUCGCCAAGGAGACCUCAGCACCGAGCUACAUCCUCGCGGCCUUGAAGGCUCCUGAUCUGGGUAACAAAGGUUGCUGUCCCCUCCCUCUGCUGCACAUCGGAUGUCGCUAUCGCAACGAUGGCCCUUGCGGCAUGUGCGCGUCGGAGCAAAGAGGUUUUGUUCGAUCGAUCUCUUACCUGAAUGCUGAGCUGAAGCUAAGGGUCCUCAGCGGGGGUGACCAGGGGGCCUACACGCCUACACGCCCGCUGCGCAAUUUGGUGGAAAUUCCUGAAGUCCCCGAUGGCGAAGAGAGCAGCGCCCUUCUGCAAGCCGUUGAUCCUGAAGUCGAAGAGGCCCAAGGUAGCGCGGGCUUCGUGUUCCAGGAUCCCAAGACGGAGCUCCGGAAUGUGGAGACCUUUGUGGAGGGCCUGCAGAAGUGGGUCCGCCUGCAAGCCGAGGCGGUGUCCCAGGAAGAGGACCUGGUCCUUGCACAGGCAAAGCUGCAUGAGCUGAUGCGGGAGGUCAUCCAUGCCCACGAGGAGCUGGAGGGCGCUGCGCAGGAGACCUUGGCCCUGCAGCGCGACCUGGCCCUGGCCACCGACCGCUCCCUCGUCCUCCGCGCGGAGGAGAACAGCGGCCUGGAGAGGAGCCAGCUCCUCGUGGCGGCUCACGCGCAUCUCAGGCAAUGCCUCUGUCGAAAUCCUGCUGGCCGCCUCUGGCCGCUAUGGUCCACCAAGUCGAGGGAGCUGCAAGAGUACGGCCCAGGCAUCUCGCUGUACUUCGCCUUCACCGCGCGCCUGAGCGCGACCUUCUUCCUUUGCGCCAUCCUCGUGCUGCCUCUCUUAUGCCUCAACCUGGUGGGGAAUGGGCUCGACAACGUCGAUGCAGGGACUGGAGAGCAUGGCGUACUGGCAUGGAGCACUUUGGGCAACCUGCAGACCAAUGGCACCAUCAACUCGGGGCCCUUUAACAUUCCGGCCGGGGACUUCAGCUUCUGGGCAGGCCUGCUGGAUGCCAUUGCGAUGGGUGCGACGUGGGCCGUGGCGCUUUGGUUUAUCCAAAAGACCAUCCCCGAUGCCGUGGCGCGGGAGCGGAAGGAAGUCGUGACGCCGGAUGCCUACACGCUGUACAUCAGCGGCCUCCCGCGGCGAAUUGAGUCCCACUUGGAGUACGAGCAGCUCCUGAAAGACCAUUUCGAGCAGCUGCUGAAUGCGGAGCUAGCGCCGGCGGCCGCCAAGACAGGGGUCGAGGUGAUCGGCCGUGCAGAGCAGUUUCUGGACCAGCCGCCCGCGAGGAGCUGCUGCUCCUGGCAGCGUGAUCUGGACCGGAAGGGCCGCCGCAUCGGCAUGGUUUCCCAAGGCUGCGAGGACCAGGCCACGUGCGAGGUCCGAUGGCCAGGCGCGCAGUCCCAGCUCCUUCCGCCCGUUCGCGAGUCCUUGAAGCCGCAGGAGUCGCAGGAGUCUGCUGAGGGCCAGGCUGGAUUGCUCGCGGCCAGCCUACUCCACCGCCUCGAACACGCGGGCUGCGCCCCAGCGGAGGGUGGCCGAUCGACCGUGCACAAGGUGAGCUUGGUCAGAGACUUCCGGGGCAGCCUCGGCCGGUUCCGGGCUGCGGUGGACAGUGCCCAGAGGGCCCACAACCAGAAGCAGAAGAAGCAGGGCGGGAGCGCCAGGAGGACUCGGAGGCAUUCCGAGGAACUCGAUGAGGCAGAGAAAGACAGAGUCCUUAAGCAGCUGCAGGAGCUGAAAGUGGAGGAGCUGGAGGUUCUUGGCGCUUUCGUCACCUUCACCCACGUGAAACACAAGGAGUUUAUCAGCCAAGAGUAUCGCUUCAGCCGAAUCAUCGGCUUGGGCAGGUGGCUGCAGGGUGACGACCAACGCUUUCAAGGCGAAGCGAUUCGCGCCUCCGACGCGCCCCUGCCGGCGGACAUCUUCUGGGAGAACAUUGAUUGCCCAAAGGGCUGGCGGCUUUUCAAGAGGGUCGUUAUCGGCGGGGUCUUCGUGAUUCUUGUUCUCGUCAUGAUCCUCUGCCUGAGCCUGGCAAAGUGGGGAAGAGAGGCCGCGAAGGCCCAAGGCAGUAGCUGCCCUGUCGGCGCCAACGCCACAGACGCCCAGAAGCUGUACUGCAACUGCACGGAGAUCGGAAUACAGAAUGUGCUUCGCGACGUACCUGCUGGAAGUCGGCAGGAGUGCAACUCCUGGUUGGAGACUUUCGCGUACUCCCAGGCCAUGAUGAUGCUGGCCGUCGUCUUCUCAUCUGUCAUCAACCUCGCCGCAGGGGUUUUUAUUUCCAUGAUUGCACACUUCGCGCAGCCUCCGAACUUUACGGUCCUGGAGUCGCGAAUGAUGCAAAUGACCUUUGUCGUGAAAGUGCUGACGCUGGGUGUGGUGGUGACGCUGGUGAACGCAGAUUUUCAGUUCUACAUCGGCAGCUUCAAGGGUCUCCUGGGUCUUCUCGGUGCUGGGCAGUUCAAAGACAUCGACAAGGCGUGGCACGCAGCGGUGGGCGUCGAGAUCCUGACCCUGUUUAUCUUCAGCAUCAUGAACGAGGUGGUUGCGAUCGCCUUCGUUUUGCUCUUCAAGCUGAAGUGCUACUGCCUUGGAGGGCGGAAGGCGGACUGGCAAUCCAUGAAGGAGCUCUUUACGCCGCCGCAGUUCGAGCUUGCCGCGAACCACGCCGACCAGCUGAGCCUGGUCUUUGCUGGGCUGCUCUUCUCCAGCUGCCUGCCAGGGGUGCUGGUUGUGCUGGCAGUGCGGUUGUACUCUAUGUACUGGAUCCACAAGUUCCAGUUCCUACGAGGCAGCUCGGUGCCCCCGCGGCACAAGCAGGAGCUCGCGCGUGGGAUGGCGCGCUGGGUGCAGGUGGCCGUGUUCUGCCACUGCGCCGUGGCGGUCUGGGUCUAUGGCUCCGAGACCCUCAUGGUCCAGAACGAGCAGCGGUUUGAAGCGGGUGCAGCGACGGACUACGCGACACAGCUCGGGAAUCUCCUGGGGAGUGAAGCGGCGGCAGUGGUGGAGAAGGCCCUCACACCGGCGGCAACGCCGAACGCGUUGGUGUUCUGCUUUCUGGUGGUGUUCUGGGCACUGAAGCUUCUGUACUGGGUGCUUGGGCAGGCUGCGGUGGACAACCUCUUGGCCAUUGUCUCCUGGGUGUUGCCCUGCCGCGGUUGCUUCAAGAGCUCUCGGAACGCUGUGUUCGACGAGGCGUUCACAGAGGCUCCCAUGCGGGAGAUGAUCCGACGGCGCAUCAACCACAGCUACAACGUGUGGGAUGCAGAUGGGUUCGAGUUCCUGACGCCGGCCGCUGGUGCUGGUUUAGGGUUUAGGGUUUAG